UGGUACAACAGACACCGCCACAUUACUCCACGUGCUUGCUGUCAAGUUUGUUAUGAAAUGUUUAAUUCCAAAUUUAAAAAUUAUUGAUAUUUGGACCGAACGCCCUACAACAACUUUAAGCCGUCUCAUUACACAAGUAGAGUAUAAGAAAAAUGGAGCCUACAGGUAAACCGAAAAAGAAAAAUCAGUAUGUCAGAGAAAAGAUCAAUUUAAAAAGGAAAUUGUCCAAGAAAAACAAGCACCGAGCACGGCUGGUUGUUCGUAAUUUACCUUUCGAAGCGACCGAAGAAGGUCUCCGCAAACAUUUUGAAAAAUUCGGCGAAAUUGAUGAGGUUAAGCUGUUGAAGAAGGAAGACGGAGUACUUUUAGGUAUUGGGUUUGUACAAUUUAAACUUGUUCAAAAGGCUGCUAAGGCCAGGCAUCAUUUAAAUGGGAAACCGUUUUUGAACCGCAAUAUUGAGUGUGAUUUUGCGUUACCCAAAGAUAAGUACGAGAAGAAAGAUUCGACUACGACUCCUGAUCCUGUCCAAAUUAAAGAUGAACCAUUGGAUGAUGCUGAAAUUAAGGUUGAAAUAAAGGAGGAGGAUAUAAAACAAGAAGACGAAGACUUGGAUGUUACUAAAGAAGAAAGAGAAUCUGAAAAGUCAAGUGAUAGUGAUGAAGAAAAUCAAGAUGAUGAAGAUGAAGAUGAUAUUGAAUUUGAUGAAGAAAUUGAAGUAAAAGACGAAGAAAAACCUAGAAAGAUCUCCAAUGAUGUAAAUGAAGGGAAGACUAUUUUUAUUAAAAAUGUACCAUUUGCUGCUACUAAUGAAGAUAUAAAAGAGUGUAUGUCGCAGUUUGGUCCAUUGUACUAUGGUGUCAUUUGCAUGGAUCAGUUAACGGAACAUUCGAAAGGAACUGCUUUUGUCAAAUUUAAGAACAAAGAAGAUGCAGAAGCUUGCCUGGCGAACAAGGGAAUCACUUUGAUGAACAGUGUGUUAGAAUGUGAAAGAGCACUAUCGAAAGAUGAAUUAAAGUCAAAAUCAGAAAAGAAGGAGAAAGGUCCAAGAGAUUCGAGAAACUUAUACCUUGUUAAGGAAGGUGUUAUCUUGGCAGGAACUAAAGCGGCCGAAUCAGUGUCCGCGACAGAUAUGACCAAGAGACUACAAAUUGAACAGUACAAGACGCAAAUGUUGAGGAAUUUAAAUAUGUUUGUAGCUCGCACUAGGUUGGUGGUGCACAAUAUUCCCCCUAGUUGGAGUGAUGCCCAACUGAAACAGCUGUUUUUAAAACAGUGUAAACACCCUGGAACCCUCAAGGAGGCAAAGAUAAUGAGAAAUAUGCGUGAUGUAGAUGCAAAUGGCAUAGGAAGAUCUAAAGAGUUCGGAUUUGUUGCCUUUACAACACAUGAUGCAGCACUACACGCCCUUCGCGCUUUGAAUAAUAAUCCCAAUAUAUUUAGCCCAACAAAACGUCCGAUUAUAGCAUUUUCUAUAGAGAACAGAUCAAAAUUGCGCGCGAAAGAGCGACGUUUACAAAAUUCGAAAUUGAAAAACCCUACCAGCAAGAGCUACGAUCCAAAUACAGUUAGUAAACCUUUCAAAAAAGAUAAAGAAAAAAGAUAUAAACAAGACAAGCCAGCUGAAGAUACGCAGGAGGGUUUGCAAAAAUUUUCGGGCACAAAAGCAUCCUUCGGUGCUUCCAAGAUGAGGAGCAAGUUUAAUUUACGCACCCAAGCUCAAGUACACCACGAGCAAGUUAAAAAAGAGAAAAAGAUGAAGAGGAUGGAAAUCGCGAGGCGACCAGUGAAGCAGAAAGAGAAGAAAACGAAACCUUUGAAACAGAAGUUGAACAAGAUGAAAAAGGAUGAUAAUUUCGCGAGUUUGGUUAAUAGUUACAAACAAACGCUUCUAAAUGCAAAUUCGGCCGAUACGACUAAGAAAAAAAAGUGGUACGAAUAAUUAUAACUAUCUACAAUAAAUUUUUAAACAACA